AUGGCGCCCCUACGCCGAUACCUCAGGAUCACCAAGUACUCAGUGCUCGAAUGCCGCAUCUACCUCGAUAACCCUGCCCUGGCUCAAAGUUGGCUGCUGAAUCCGAGGAACCCCAUUCUUCCCAAGGUCAUCGAGAGUGUUCGCCCGCAUGUGUUGCCGAAACUCCGCGAAGAAAAGGAACGCGAGAGAGCCAAGAAGAAAAGCUCCAAGAAGAAGUCCAUCAAGGAUGUCGUUAUUCAAGACGAGUUCGAAGUAUCCAUGUUCUUAACAGAGACCGCCACGCGCCAUUCACUACUUAAAAGGCAUAAGAAUUUUCGAGACAAAGCACCUAGCAAGUUACAGUCCAACUCUAACAAGCUCAUAAACGAAACAAAUGACGUACCCAUCGACCUGGACGCCGAAGGCCCCGAUGCUACGGUGCACAUUCGGCAGGAGAGUGAGUCCGACGAAGACGCCGACGGAAUAUCCCGUAUCCCCGCUGUCGAUGAAACAGCACGGCCUCGUCGGUCCAAAAGACAGCGCGGGGCACUUCAUGACCAAGACGCCGAGUACGACCUGCCUUCGGACGAAGAGACUGGGGGAGAUGUGUCGGCAAUUGAGGUAGACUCGGACAGUGAUGCUCCCCGCCCGUCCAAGCGCCUCAAGAAACAAACGACCGGGUCCGAUGUUGAUCAAGAAGACGACGACAAGAAGAAGAUGGCCAUGGAUGUCUCGUAUGAGGGAUUCGCCAUCUAUGGUCGCGUUCUGUGCCUCAUCGUCAAGAAACGCCAAGGUCUGAGAAUGGCAUCGUCAAGCAGUGCUGAGAAUGCCAAGAAGCCUGCUGGCCAAGCCAGCAUGGAGAAUUGGAUUACUUCAACUCAGAUGCCUAAUCCUGGAGCUGAGGAAGACGUGUUGUGA